AUGGCGCAAGACGCCGCUUUCAUCGAUCCUUGGCAUCCAGGAAGCAUGGACGAUGACGAUAUGGGUAUGUCAGCUGGUAAAUAUGCACGAUUAGAUGGAGGGGACGACUUGAACGAGAACAAAGAGCGAUACGCUAGAGAAAACCACAGCGAGAUCGAGAGGCGUCGAAGGAACAAAAUGACACACUACAUCAAUGAAUUAGCUGAGAUGGUCCCCCAGUGUGCAGCGCUUGGGCGGAAACCGGAUAAACUGACAAUUUUACGAAUGGCUGUUUCUCACAUGAAGGCCAUUCGUGGACACAAUAACCAAGAUGAAAGUGGCUACAAACCAUCUUUUUUAUCGGAUCAAGAACUGAAACAUCUCAUUCUGGAGGCUGCUAAUGGAUUCCUGUUCGUUGUUUGUUGCAACACGGGUCGAGUUCUUUAUGUUGCGGACUCCAUAACUCCUGUGUUGAACUUGAAACAGGAGGACUGGAUGAAUCACACUAUAAACGAACUAAUUCACCCAGAUGAUCAGGACAAGAUUAGAGACCAACUAUGUGGAAGCGAAGUUGCCAUAAACAAAGUGUUGGACUUGAAAACAGGUACUGUUAAGCGCGAAGGUGCUGCUUCGCGUGUUCACAUGACGUGUAGACGAGGGUUUAUAUGCCGUAUGCGACUUGGACCUCUGGAGCCAUUACAUCGACUAAGGAAUCGGAGGCCGCUAUUUCAACAUGGAGGUCACAACUAUGUAGUUAUGCAUUGCACUGGAUAUAUAAAAAAUACUCCUCCCUCUGGAAUAGAUGCACCUCAGUCGUCGUGUCUCGUUGCAAUCGCCCGACUUCAAGUGGCAUCAAUGCCGCUUUGCGAUCCGGCCGAAAUGACAAGGAUAUCCAUGCGUAUCGCUGAAGAUGGUAAGAUGACGUUUGUUGAUGCACGACUUUCCCAACUGCUAGGACUCACCCCUGACCAAUUGAUCGGAAGGUUUUGGUGGCAAAUCGUGCACCCUUCAGAUGAACAGUCGCUGCAUGACGCCUUCAUAACAAUGAUGACCCGUGAUCAACAGAUGCGGUUAAACUGUCGAAUUCGCUCUGCAUCCGAUUAUCGGCCAUGUACAAUUUCCGCCUACAAAUUCUUGAACCCGUUCAAUGAUCAGUUUGAAUUUGUUGUUGCGACUCAUCACAUAUUGUCGGGCGAUGAGGAAACAUGGAUUCCCACAACCACAGAACCAGGUCCUGGUUACGUACCUCCUAGUGGUGACUAUUCCUCGCAGCAAGACUGGAGGGCACAAGAUCCUGCUAGAGACAGUUCUAGCUGGACGACAUGGGAUGCGCAGGCAUAUCCACAACACUCGUAA